UCUCCCCUUCAUAAAAAUCUAGGGUUUUCAUUUUCUUCCAAUUGCUUUUAAAAAAAAAAAACUGAAAAAUGCCUGGCCUUGGAAAUCUUUCUCACUCUUCAUCUCUCUCUCUCUCUCCUUGCCCUAAUUUGAAGCUUCUUUCUGUUGACUCUGCCGAUUCUAUUGAUGCUUUUGACUCUACCAAACUCAAAACCCUACCCGUAAACUGUAAGUGGGACCAGAGAUUGGUCCCAAAACGCGUGAACUGUAAUGGGAGUGGGAUAAGGGUUUUGAAGAAGGUGAAGAAAGGGUCUAAUGGUAAAGCUUUGCAGGAUUAUUUGAGGGAUUGGGUUCAUAGGAAGAUGGAAUCUGGUCUCCCCAAGUCCUGCUAUUUUCUUCCGUUUCUCGUUGGGGCUAAGAGAUUGGUUGAAUGUCUUGAUUGCCAUAAGCUCAUCUAUCCUGGGGAAGAGGUCCUAUGCUCAGUUCGUGGUUGUCAAGGAGUUUAUCACAAAACAUGUGCCGAAGAAAGUUUUAGGAUGUCCAACCCAAAAAAAUUCCAGUGUCCACAGCAUGUAUGCUUCGUUUGCAGACAGAGAUUACAAUGGCGAUGUGUAUGUUGUACGAUGGCAUCUCAUGAUAAGUGCUCCCCAUGGCCGGAUGCAGUGAUUCAUUUGAAGGACAAACCAGGGAGAGCAAUUUGUUGGAGGCAUCCAACUAAUUGGAGACUAGAUAAGAAGCAUGCAGAUCCAGCAACUGAAAUACAGGAAAUUUUCUGUCAGUUGCCUUUACCUUACAUGGAUGAGGAGUUCAAGCUUGACUUGACAUGGAGAGAUUUAAUAGAGAAUAAAUUGGUGCCACCUCCUUAUGUCCACAUCAAACGCAAUGUUUACCUAGUGAAGAAGAAGCGUGAUGAUGUUGUUGACGAUAUUGGAUGUACAAGUUGCAGUUCCACAUGCUCUGAGGAUUGUGUAUGCAGAGUUCAAUGCAUAAGCUGCUCAAAGGCUUGCCGCUGCCCUGAAUCUUGCACCAACAGACCAUUUAGCAAGGAGAAAAAGAUUAGAAUCGUCAAGACUGAACUUUGUGGUUGGGGAGUAGAGGCAGCUGAACCUAUUAAAAAAGGAGAUUUUGUAAUCGAGUAUAUUGGGGAAGUUAUUGAUGAUGCUCAAUGUGAAAAGAGGCUUUGGGACAUGAAACACAAAGGGGUGAAGAAUUUUUACAUGUGCGAAAUUCGAAAAGAUUUCACAAUUGAUGCAACUUUCAAAGGCAAUACAUCUCGUUUUCUAAAUCACAGCUGUGAUCCCAAUUGUGUUUUGGAGAAGUGGCAAGUUGAAGGGGAGACACGUGUUGGGGUGUUUGCUGCUCGUUCAAUCAAAGUUGGUGAGCCACUGACAUAUGACUACAGAUUUGUGCAAUUUGGACCAGAAGUGAGGUGCCAUUGUGGUGCAUCCAAUUGUCAAGGUUAUCUUGGGACCAAACGAAAGAUUGUUAAACUGGAUCUAUGCUGGGGGUCAAAACGCAGGAGAACUUCAACCGCUUGCUUAGCCAUCAUAACUGUAUAGCUUUGUACCAGCUGCCUGUUUAGACAUUUGGCUGCUUUUGUUGUAUAUUAAAAUCUACCACCAUGCCAGGGGGAAGAAAAAAGUAAAUGAAAAAAUUCAGAUCAGUGAGUCAAAGGUUGAACAUUCUUAAAAAAAAAUUGUAUCUUUUUGUUUCCACAAGCUGAUUGUAGUUUCUAAAAGGCUUUGUUGUAAUUCAUGUUGAGAUGGGGUUGUGAUUCACUGUGGAUGUUGUUGUACACGGUUUGGCUGAGAAAAAAAAAUGAAAAUUGACUGUUUCAAGCA